AUGUUCGAUGAAACGAGGUUGUAUUUGAAUGAACUCAUUGAAUUAAGUAAAAGAAAGCACUCAGUUUCUUCCAUCUGGGAUGAAGUGGUUCGCGUUUAUAGAGAAUUUUCAUUUUCGCCGACGGUUUUUGAUAUGAUAUUGAAGAUUUAUGCAGAGAAGGGGUUGACAAAGAAUGCAUUAUAUGUGUUUGACAAUAUGAGUAAGUGUGGACGUGUGCCGGGCUUGCGGUCUUGCAAUAGUUUGUUAAGUAAAUUGGUUAAAAAUGGUGAAUUUCAUACUGUUUUUUCUGUGUAUGAUCAGAUGAUUAGAGUUGGGAUUGUUCCGGAUGUGUAUACUUGUACAAUAAUGGUGAAUGCGUAUUGCAAGCAUGGUAGAGUGGGUAAAGCUGUAGAAUUUGUAGAAGAAAUGGAGGACAAAUUGGGUCUUGAGCCUAAUAUUGUGACUUACCAUUGCUUGGUAAAUGGGUUUGUUGAUAUGGGCGAUGUGAAUGGAGCUGAAGGAGUAUUGAGGUUAAUGAAUGAAAAAGGGGUCUCAGGGAAUGUUGUCACGUAUACAUUGUUGAUUAAGGGUCAUUGUAAGCAAGGGAAGUUGGAAGAAGCGGAGGACAUGCUUCGAGGCAUGAAGGAGGAGGAGUUGGUUGUAGAUGAGCAUGCUUAUGGAGUGUUAAUUGAUGGGUAUUGUAGAAUUGGCAAAAUGGAUGAUGCUGCUAGGAUUCAGGAUGAGAUGUUGGGAUUAGGCUUGAAGAUGAAUUUGUUUAUUUGCAAUUCCAUGAUCAAUGGGUAUUGCAAGCUUGGUCAAAUUGUUAAAGCUGAGGGAGUUUUAAUGAGUAUGGAUAAUUGGAACCUCAAGCCCGAUUCUUAUAGCUACAAUACAUUACUGGACGGGUGCUGCAGGGAAGGUUGUAUAACUGCGGCUUUCAAGCUCUGUGACCAGAUGCUCUGUGACGGUGUAGGUCUGACUAUUGUAACUUAUAAUACUCUUCUGAAAGGUCUAUGUCAAACUGGUGCAAUUAAUAAUGCAUUGCACCUUUGGCAUUUGAUGUUACAUAGAGGCUUGGCUCCUAAUGAGGUUGGAUAUUGUACUCUGCUUGACGGGCUUUUCAAAAUGGGGGAUUCUGAAGGGGCUUUAGUGUUGUGGAAGCAUGUUCUAGCAAAGGGCUUCACCAAAAGCAGGAUUGCUUUCAAUACAAUGCUUAACGGAUUGUGUAAGAUGGGGAAAAUGGUUGAAUCAGAGCAGCUUUUUAACAAGAUGAAGGAGCUCGGCUGUCCACCUGAUGCAAUAACUUAUAGGACCCUAAGUGAUGGGUAUUGUAAAGUUGAGAACAUUGAAAAAGCUUUCAAAGUUAAGGAUGUGAUGGAAAGGGAAGCAAUUCCUGGUUCCAUUGAAAUGUAUAACUCACUUAUUAGUGCGCUCUUCAAGGCUAAAAAGUCAAGCGAAGUAACAGAUCUACUUGCUGAGAUGCACAUUAGGGGUUUAAGCCCAAACAUUGUUACUUAUGGAGCCCUCAUUGCUGGUUGGUGCAGAGAAGGAAUGAUGGAUAAAGCUUUCCAUUUAUACUUUGAGAUGACAGAAAAGGGGUUAGCUCCCAAUAUAAUUAUAUGCAGCACAAUUGUCAGUGGCUUAUACAGGAUUGGUAGGAUAGACGAAGCAAACAUGCUGUUGCAGAAGAUAAUGGAUUUUGAUUUUGUUCCCGGCCAUUACUUUUCUGACAGUUUCCUCAACUCUGACACUAGAUCAGUAGAUGCUCAGAAAAUUGUAAAUACCCUUGAAGAAAGUGCAAAAAGCUUUCUUCUACCCAACAAUGUUGUUUACAAUGUAGCUAUAUCAGCCAUAUGCAAAUUUGGGAAGGUAGACGAAGCAAGAAAACUUAUAUCUGCUUUGCUACUGAGGGGCUUUACUCCAGAUAAUUUUACAUACUGUACCCUAAUCCAUGGUUUUUCAGUUGCUGGUAAUGUUGAUGAAGCUUUUGCGUUACGGGAUGAGAUGUUGAAGAAGGGUAUUGUUCCAAGUAUCAGUAUAUACAAUGCUCUUAUAAAUGGGCUUUGUAAAUCAGGAAACCUUACUCGAGCACUGAGGCUUUUCCAUAAACUGCACUCAAAAGGUUUAACUCCUAAUGUUGUAACCUAUAAUACAUUGAUUGAUGGAUACUGUAAGAGUGGCAAUAUUGAUGAGGCCCUUAAACUGGAAGAGAAAAUGAGAGAAAAAGGGAUCACUGCUUCAGUCGUGACCUACUCUGCUCUAAUCAAUGGCCUUUGUAAGCUAGGUGAUAUCAAAGAAUCUACGAAGCUUUUGUCUCGAAUGAUGAAAACUGGUGUGGACCCUAACCUUAUGACACACUACACAUCGGUGCAAGGAUACAUUAAAAAUGGAGACAUAGAAAAGAUGUCCAGUCUUCAUAAUGUUCCGAAUAACUGUAGCCUUUCUUCUGGCAGAAUUUAUCAAGGGACAGAGUCGACAGAAGCCUCAGGCUAUACAGGACAUCUUGAUGCAAGUAACCUGUUUGCAGUUGUUUGUUGAUGCAGCUCAGUGAUCCAACCAAUUUUCCCUGACAAAUUUUCUGCCAAUCGAGGAAGUCUGGUCAUUGCUUGUGCUCUUGAGCGUGCAGUAAUGCACAUUGUGGGGUUUGAAUUCCAUAUUAAUACUGACCACACGUGCUUUAAUGUCAUCUACAGAGCCCAGGAUGUGGCUCAUCAGGUUUAUUUCUCAUCGAAUUAAGAUCUCGACCAUCUGAGUGUUUCUUGGUCGAUGAUUGACCAUUGAAAGCCUUCAGUGGCAGGCAUAUUCCCGAAAGCCAUUAAUAUGAAUGAGUGGGACCAAUGAUGAAAACAACCAUACAUUUGAACCUAAGG